GAGAAGAAGAUAAAAGAGAAACGAAAGAAAAAAGUAACAAAGCAAAAGCAGCAAAACAAGGAAUGAAGAGAACAAACAACAUAGUCAGAACACGAGAAAGAGAACAUAACAAAAAAUGCGAAGAAUAA